GGCGGCAAGCUGCAAGGCUCCAGCAAAGAAGGCGCAUCCAAAGUCUCGAGUCGUCCGAGUUGCGUUUACUGCCCUUCGGGGUUGCGAUCCGGCCGCCAACCGCGUUGUGCAAACGGCCGGCCAUAAGGAUGUCCCUGGCAAUGCUGCCGAGGCCGAGCCUGACCUUGACGGUGCCGAGCUUGCACGACGGGCUGCCGAUCGACUGCCGAGUCUACCACCCGCCCGCGCUGGCCGCGUCUCCCGAUGCGCCUCCCAAUGCGCCUCCCAAUGCGCCGUCGUGGCAGAAGCAUGCUGCCAUCAUCGCCCAUCCGUACGCCCCGCUCGGCGGCUGCUACGAUGACCCCAUCGUCGACAUAGUCGCCGGUACUCUGUUGCGCCUUGGCUUUCUCGUCGGCACCUUCAACUUCAGAGGUGCCCAGGGCUCGGCCGGCAGAACUUCGUGGACGGCCAAGGCUGAGCGGGGCGACUACAUGGCGGUCGUGGGCUUCGUCUCCCACUACGUGCACUUUCUUGACCCGUUCAGCCCAGCCGGUGCCGGCGCCGAUCAUGCGCUUGAAGGAGGUGAUGCUGCCGGGGAUGCUGCCGGGGAUGUGCCAUCAGCGAUUCGCAUCCGUCCGCCCACUCCCGAUUAUGUGCCUGCCACGACGCCAAUCCUGUUGCUCGGGGGCUAUUCGUACGGCGCCAUGAUCACAUCCCAGCUCCCGUCUUUCGAAGCGAUCGUCGCUUUGUUUAUCUCCCCGGAAUGCGGCUCGCCGGCCGCCGAGGUUCGACUGCGCGCUCAGCACCUGGCCGAGAUGCAAAACACCGUCCUUGCCAGCGCAAGGAACGCCGCCAUCGAUAGGCCAACGCCCACGACUCCCCGGCGACACGUCGGCCUGCGCGUUGGCGGGGACGAAGAGAACCGCACUAGCCACGACACGCGCCGCUCUCUGUCGGCGGAAUCCGAGAACAAAAUGCGACAUGGCGUUGCAGAAUAUUUGUCAAGGACGAAAAAGCGACACAGCCGGUCUUGCAGCGGUCAGAGUUUAACAUCUCAAAACGCAGGUGGAAAGCAUGAUGAGCCUGAGGGUGCCCCUUCUACCCACUUGCUUUCCAUUCCAGGAUGGACUGCAUUCCGCCCAGCAUACUUGCUGGUCUCGCCCCUACAAGGCAUCGUUACAAACCUUGUCACUCUGUCUGUUUCCCCCACACUCUCAAGCCUCCCGGGAAAGGUGUGGGCCCGACUCUCGACAAAGGGUAGCCGAGAGGCUGCUGGCCUCGAAACUCCGGAGCCACCGGGUCCCGCGCAUGCUGCCGCGGCUGACGCGGAAGCCAAGCUGACCCAGAACACCACACUUGCCAUCUAUGGCGACCGUGACGGCUUCGUGCCCGUGCGGAAGCUCCGGGCCUGGGCAUCCCGUCUGCAGGCCGUCCCUGACUCCAGGUUCCGUGCCCACGAGGUGUCCGGCGCGGAUCAUUUCUGGGCUUCCGGCAAUGUGGCUUUCACCUUGAGGGAGGCCGUCAGAGCCUUCGGAGCGUCCUUGCUAGAUCACAAUGACAUUGAUGACACGCUGAAAUGAACUGAAAUAUGCCUGCAUUCUCUUGAACGUGCACAACUUUGGACUUGCACAAUUUCCGUUCCGUUUUUUGGUUCUACGUCUAGACCAGAGACCUGGGCGUGAUAUCCUCCUUCUCUCGCCGCCCCUCCCCCCUGCAAUGUCGUCCCUUCGCUGUCCAAGGUGCCUUCCCUUCUCCUUCGCUACUUGCCGUCG